AUGUGGCAGCCGUUAGUGAUUCUCCCUUUUCUGGUCCCGCCUCAUCCUCACGCCUUCAACUGGACUACUGCCCUCUUGCCUGCUCAAUCGCCACUAAUUGGGGCCACUGUUGCCAUCGUUGACCAAUUCUUCACAUCCGAGUGCAACAAACUUUACAUUCGACGACGGGCGACCAACAAGCGAAACGUUCGCUUCCAGAUCGAUCUGAUUGAAGCGAUUUUAACAACUAUUGAGCCGGAUAUCUGCGUACAGUUGGAAACCAUCCAAGCUCGUCCGCUGAACCGCUCCAGGGUGCAUAAUGUCUUCUUCGUAGAUGACUUUGAGGCCUUCGGCCGUAUCAGCGAGAAGAUGAAGGUUCAAACGUAUGACUACAGUGGAUACUUUUUGAUAAUUGUGACGGAUUCAUCACGGAACAGCUUCAAUACUGUUCAACAGAUCAUGGACGAUUUGUGGUCGCAUUACGCGAUCAACGUAGGGGUACUGUUGAGCUACGACGAUUCGCCGGGCGAUGCUUAUUACUACACAUAUUUUCCAUUUGGUGAGGGAUACUGCGAACAAGUGCAUCCUCUGUUGUGGAAGUUGUUUCGCAAAGGUCGAUUCGUGGACUCCACGAGAGAGUUCUAUCCUAAAAAGUUGAGAAAUUUUUAUGGGUGCCCACUUAAGGUGGCGACGUUUGAUAUUCCUCCCUUCAUGAUGAUGGAUCCAGGAUUUGAUGGCAAGGUAUCCAAUCUGAAUGGACUUGACGGAAUCAUAACACGGGUGUUGAGCAAGUUGUUGAACUUCACAUUGAACGUAGUUUUUGUAGAGCCACCAGAAUGGGGCACAACGGGUAAGAUUGGAAGCUGGAAAGGAGCUUCACGGCUUGUGCUGGACAGGGUGGUUAACUUCACUAUCGGUUAUUGGGCAAUGACGUACAACAGGAAUCGCUACAUGGGAAGCACCUUUUCGUAUUACACAUCAUUGAUGAUAAUUGUUGUUCCUCCCGGUCAGCCAUACGGUUCGCUUGAGCAGUUGAUUCUGCCCUUUGGGCACACCACUUGCAUAAUAAUACGGACGUCCUACAUAGGAUCCCUUUUCAAGCUCCAUCAACUACAUGUGAACAAAACGGCUCCGAAGAUCAUUCCGGAAUAUACCGCCGCAGGUUAUCACAUUCGGAUGGCACGAAACUUCAGCUACGUCUUCGAAGCAUUUCCACAAUUUUCUCGGCAUCUCAAGCAAACGAACCUCACCAGUUUUCUGACACGGGAAAUCGAUGAUCUGCAGCAUUCCUCAACUCGUUACAUCCUGCUCAUUCCGACUGAGGCAGUAGCCUAUAUGAAUCGGAUGCUUACCAAACGCGGAAAACUACUGCGAGUGGGUGGCGAUCGGGUGUACCUGUCGAAGCUAACAAUCUACAGUCAACGAUCGUCACCGGUUCUGAAUCCGUUCAACUACAUCCUGGGAUUGAUGAGCACCGCCGGAAUGAUCGAUCAGUGGGCUUCUCAGUUUUCGCAGUCCGUGUUCCUGAAGGAUUCGCUUAGCAGCCGUGAUCCCCGGAAGUUGACUAUCACGCAGAUCAUUGGGUGCUUGGAACUGUUGGUGUUUGGAUUGGCCGUCAGUAGUGUUGUUUUGGCGUUUGAGUGCUUUGUAGACAGUUACCAUGGAGAAAAUGGUCUGCAAAGGGCACGCUCAGUGGAAGAGAGGGUGGAACGCAUCGAGCUAUUCAAAGUGACGAGGCGGGUACUACACAAGGCCAUCAAAGAGAGAAAGAAAGCGACAGACAGCACCUGA